CAGCUUCCCCAAGAUGUCUGCACUGGCCCAGACCUCCCCCAAGAUGCCCCCUGCAAAGGAGACCAAACUACCUGCUGCUCAGAAAGCAGAGGAGAAGAAAGCAGCGCAUCCCCAGAAGGCCAAUGUCCCCCCAUCAGUACAUGCCAAAGUGGACAAACCCCCAUCAGCUCCUCCAAAGGGAGCAGCAUCCUCCCAACCAGCACCCAAAGCAGGCCAAUCUACCUGUCCACUCUGCAAGGUGGAACUCAACAAGGGCUCCAAGGACCCUCCCAACUACAACACCUGCACAGAAUGCAAGAACACUGUCUGCAACCUCUGUGGAUUUAACCCCAUGCCACAUGAAACAGUAAAGGAAUGGCUCUGUCUGACCUGCCAGAUGCAGAGAGCACUUGGAGCAGUGGAACCCCCAGGACCUCCCAUGAUGAAAUCCCAACCGUUGCCCAGCAUAGUCUCUACACCUGUUGCACUUCAAAAGGAGAAUGUCACACCUGCUGCAUCUCCAAAGCCGACUCCAGCUCCAGCUAAACCCCAGAAGGAGGAGAUCCCAGUACCUGCGGCAGGCCAACAAGAGAUCACUCCACCCACUGUACCUCAGGAGACACCAAUUCCCGCUGGAACCCCAGCACCAAAUGCAGACAAAAAGGAGGAGACCCCACCACUAGGAUCCUCACAACAUCAACAAGCUUCACCUGCUCUGGCUGAGAAGGAGAAUCAAGAACCUAUAAUUGUACAGAAACCAGUGGACCAACCAAUUCCAGCAUCACCCAAAACCAGUGGAGCUGCUACACCUGUACAGCAGCCAGAAAAGCAAACUCCUCCACUGCAACAGCCUGCUUCAAAGGCAUCACAGCAAGUACAGCCCCAGCAAGCUCCAAAGCCAGACCUCGAAACUGCUCCCCUAAAGGAGCCAAUGACUCCUGCUUCAGAGAAAGAGAAGAAGAACCCAGCACCAGGGUCACCACAGAAGGAAUUAUCUCCAGCAGUGGCUUCACAGCAGGACAAAACGCCAGUGGACAAAUCAACUCCAACCCCUGUCCAACAUCCUCCACACCAAGAGACUCCACAACAACAAGAGCAACAACGUCAGCCUCUAACAGCGACACCGAAAGGAGAGCCUGGGAAGCCUCAACAACAGCUUCCAAAAGGUGGAGCCUCUUAUGCAAAAUCUGUACCACCACCACAGGCCCAGCCCCCCAAGCAGGAGUCAGGAGGCUUCUUUGGCUUUGGUGGUGCUAAAUCUCAGCCUGCUCAGUCAAAGCCUGAAGACUCAGUGUCUGGGAAGAUGCUUGGCUUUGGCUCCUCUAUCUUCAGCUCUGCAUCCACUUUGAUCACCUCAGCUGUUCAGGAUGAGCACCGCACCACACCUCCAGCUUCCCCCAAGGUGUCUAUGACUCCUGCUUCAGUGAAAGAGACCCCAGCAGCAGGCUCGUCACAGAAGAAGGAGGUAUCCCCGACAGUGGUUUGCCAGCAGGAACAGAAGCCAGUGGACAGACUGACUCCAACACUUGUCCAACAACCUCCACAACAGAAGACUCUACAACAACAAGGACAGCCUCCGCAGCCCUCAGCAGAGGCACCAAAAUCAGAGCCUGAUAUAUCAAUAGUUGAAGCUGCUACAGCAGCAGACACUCAAAAUCCGGCAAGCCCAGUGCCUGCUCAGAAGGCUCCACUGGAGAACCAGAGAACAUCAGAACCUCAUAAACAACCACAGCAGCCCAGCCCUGGCCGUAGGGAGAGUAGUGCCUUCCCAGCCACAAAGCAACCCCCCAAGCAGGAAUCAGGAGGCUUAUUUGGCUUUGGAGGUCCCAAAUCUCAGUCUGCCUCCUCAAAGCCUGAAGAGUCAGUGUCUGGGAAGAUGUUUGGCUUUGGCUCGUCAAUCUUCAGCUCUGCCUCCACUUUGAUAACAUCAGUUGUUCAGGAUGAGCUCCGGACCACACCGCCAGCUUCCCCCAAGAUGUCUGCACUGGCCCAGACCUCCCCCAAGAUGCCCCCUGCAAAGGAGACCAAACUACCUGCUGCUCAGAAAGCAGAGGAGAAGAAAGCAGCGCAUCCCCAGAAGGCCAAUGUCCCCCCAUCAGUACAUGCCAAAGUGGACAAACCCCCAUCAGCUCCUCCAAAGGGAGCAGCAUCCUCCCAACCAGCACCCAAAGCAGGCCAAUCUACCUGUCCACUCUGCAAGGUGGAACUCAACAAGGGCUCCAAGGACCCUCCCAACUACAACACCUGCACAGAAUGCAAGAACACUGUCUGCAACCUCUGUGGAUUUAACCCCAUGCCACAUGAAACAGUAAAGGAAUGGCUCUGUCUGACCUGCCAGAUGCAGAGAGCACUUGGAGCAGUGGAACCCCCAGGACCUCCCAUGAUGAAAUCCCAACCGUUGCCCAGCAUAGUCUCUACACCUGUUGCACUUCAAAAGGAGAAUGUCACACCUGCUGCAUCUCCAAAGCCGACUCCAGCUCCAGCUAAACCCCAGAAGGAGGAGAUCCCAGUACCUGCGGCUGGCCAACAAGAGAUCACUCCACCCACUGUACCUCAGGAGACACCAAUUCCCGUUGGAACCCCAGCACCAAAUGCAGACAAAAAGGAGGAGACCCCACCACUAGGAUCCUCACAACAUCAACAAGCUUCACCUGCUCUGGCUGAGAAGGAGAAUCAAGAACCUAUAAUUGUACAGAAAGCAGAGGAGAAGAAAGCAGCGCAUCCCCAGAAGGCCAAUGCCCCCCCAUCAGUACAUGCCAACGUGGACAAACCUCCAUCAGCUCCUCCAAUGGGAGCAGCAUCCUCCCAACCAUUUCCCAAAGCAGGCCAAUCUUUUUGUCCACUCUGCAAGGUGGAACUCAACAAGGGCUCCAAGGACCCUCCCAACUAUAACACCUGCACAGAAUGCAAGAACACUGUCUGCAACCUCUGUGGAUUUAACCCCAUGACACAUGAAACAGAGAAGGAAUGGCUGUGUCUGAACUGCCAGACCCAGAGGGCUCUCUCUGGACAACUGGGAGACAUGGGAAAGAUGGCCCUACCCAUCAAGACCCAGGCCCAGCCCACACCACUCCCUGUAGUCGCAACCACCAAGACAGAGCCCCAGCCUCCAGCAGCAGUAAGCAGCAAGGCCCAGCCUUUCUCUAAAACACAGUCCCCAUCCCAUGCUGUGCCUCUCACCUCAGUGCCCACUCCGCCUACACCAAUACCUGGCCUUGCACAAAUGGAACCAAAGAUGCAAGUCCCCAAGGCUGAAGCUCCCAUGACUGUCGCCAAGGCUGAGGCUCCUGAGACGGAAGUCCGUGAGGCGGAGACAGAGGCACCAAAAAUGGAGCCUUCUGUGGCAGAGUUUCCUAAGGCUUUGCUGCCUAAACCUGUACUACCUAAAUCUGAACCACCCAAAACUGAUGCUCCAGCAGUAGCUGCUUCAGUUGCCUCUGUCCUAGUGACUGAGGCCAUGACUCCUCCUGCUCCUCUAUCCACCACAGUGGCUACUGCUGUUGCUGUCACUCCAGCCACUGUGGAGGAGAAGCCAGAGGCUGAGGCUCAACCAACAGAGCUACCUAAACUAGCAGAGGAGAAGGUUGAGAAGCAACCGAAACAACAGGAACCACUUUAUGUUGCUCCACAACCAGUCCAAACGGAUACUAUCAAGGAAGUGGCCACUCCAUUGGUUGAAAAGGUGGAUGAUGUCCUUCUUGAACCUCAGCAGAUACUCACUGAGAAGGAGACGGUGAAGGAGAAGGAGAAAGAGCCAACUGCAGCCUCCCUCCUAGCAGACCAGGUAGUAGCUGAGGUACCAUCCAGCCCAGCCAGUUCAUUUGAGGCUGACAUCAAGCCUGAGGGCUACAGUGACAAGUCCCAGGAUGGACCAGACAUAUUUCCCAUCUCACAGGGCUCCUACACCUCCGAGGGGGAGCUGGAUGAGUUGCAGACAGUCAGAGAUGUCCCUAUCAUGGACACAACCCCUGACACAGCCAUGCCUGCCAAGGAGGAGGGGAAUGGGGCAAAGAGGCUUCUGAGUUAUGUGCCGAUGGAGGAGAGCAGUGGGAGCGAACCCUCUCCCUCACCCAAGCUCCAGAGACGGAGGUUAAGUGCGAUAGCAGUCAGCACGGCAGCCUCAUCCAGCAGCGAGGACUACAAAGAUGACAGCCCUACAGACAGCCCUCCAGACAGCCCAGACUCAUUCGUGAAUGAGGAGGAGUUAAUACGCAGGCAGAUCAUGGGGAUGAUGGGAGAGGAGAUGUCUCUCUCAGAGGAGGAGGAAAAAGAAGAGAAAGAGGUCAAAGUGGAGGAGACCAUGGAUGCUGUGGUGGAUAGCACAUCAUGUAAAUCCAAGCCUCUGUUAAAAAAAGGCAGUAUAGAUGAUGAAGACAGCCCAGCCAGGAUACAUUCUCUCCCUAGGUCUGAGCCUAAAUCUAUUGUAGAGAGUGCUGAACUCCAUGAGCAAAUCACUGUGUAUAAGAAAGCCAUGCCCAUGACGCCGCAGAGAACAAAGAGCAUGGACGAUGGGGAUUCAGAGGUGGAGAGCAUCACAGAUUCUCUGGAGGACAGGUCCAAAGGUGAGGGGUCAUCCAGCGUCCAAGUGUCCAGCUUCACCCCUGGAACUUCCCCCACCUCAGCCUCUUCUCUGGAGGAGGACAGCGACAGCAGCCCCAGCCACAAGAGGAGUGGGGAGGGGAAACAGCCCCGCAAGGCCAAGCACAGGCAUACCGGCCAGCCAUUCCCCACCAUCGAGGACUCGUCAGAGGAGGAGGAGCUCAGGGAGGAGGAGGAUCACCCCAGGGAGCAGGAGAAACCGAAGGAUUCGGACCAGCAGCAGGGGAAGAGGAUCUCCAAGAAGUCCAAAAGGGAUAAAGAUGAUCUCCGAGCUCAGAGGAGAAGGAAUCUCCCUCUAACCUCACCCUGUAACCUGUCUUCCAUUGAAGAUGCCUCUCCCACUGAGGAGGCAAAGCAGGCUAGGGAGAUGGAAGCGCUUCACAGGACAUCAGUCUCUGACUAUUUUCCUAGCAUGGAGUCUGAUUCAGACGCCUUUCACACAGAGACCAGGAUAGUUGUCCCUGAAGGACAGAAGUUCAGUACUGCAAAGCCACUAAAGAGUGCAGAGGAUGAAUACGAGGAGAUGCUUCAGAUAGCUAGAUCUCCUAAAGGAGAGACAGAGCCAGUCCCUGAGAUAGAGCUACUUUACGAAGGCAUGGCCAUAGAGGACUACCUCUACGAAUCCCUAGUGGAGGAGCCUGAAGCUAAAAGUACUUCAGCCCCACCGGAGCAGCCCAGUAAAGACCCCGCUAAAGAGCCGGGGAAGAAAGGUUUGAGGUCUCCUGAAGAGGUGUAUGAGGAGAUGAUGCUGAAGAAGAAGGAACUGAUGUUGAUAGAGCAGGAGUUUCAGAAGGUUCAGUCAGCUAUCAACACUCCUAAUCCUGAGAUACAUGUUACUGCACCAUCCUCUGCUGCAGCUGAGAGCUGCAAAGUUGGUGAGGCCGAGGGAGAGAAGCCUAUGUUAGAUGCUGGUUCUACCUACGUUAAGAGGAAGAAACGUCCAGCUCCACCACGACCCUCUGAACCUCCUAAACGGCCCGAGGUCUAUGUUGCCAAGCCAACAGUUCCUCAGGAUUUGACUAUGAGGAGGGCUCUUUUCCCCAUACCGGACUUGAAGAUCACCCAGUGUUCCUCUGGAGAGGAUGAGACGGACGAUAGUAUAGUAGAGGAGUAUGGAGUGGGAGUGUCCUCUGAUAUUACCCCUAGUUAUGAGUCUGAGACUAAAAAAGAGCUAGAGUACACUUCAGUUUCAGAGCAUGCACCAACAACAGAGGUAGCUGACAUUGAACCCAUCACUGUGGUGUGUGAGGUUUCCCCAGCUAAAGCUACUCCAGCUCCUGUCUUUGCCCCUGAGACAGUUCUAGCCCCCAGUACGACCACCACACCUUCACAGGUCUCUCCUGUAUCACCUCCCACCUCACCAUCGACUCCAGACUCAAGUCUAGCCUCCAACGCUACGUCCUCCUCCUCUUUCCAAGCUCGAAGUCCUCUCUCUUCCGACUCUACUGCAGUGUCUACUCCGACACCAGACUUGGCCAAAGCAGCAGGUCCCUUUGCUGCUCAGCCGCCUAUUGAUAUCUCCCCUCCUUCUAUCGCUCCCAUUAUGGCUGUUUCUCCAACCACAGUUUUGGUCACGAUACAAGAUCUGGUUACAGAUCCAAUCCAAGCACCAACACCAGCUACAACUAUAGCCGAUGCUGCAGCUUCUCCAGCCCAAGCCCCAGCCCCUGCCUCAACACCUGUCUCAGCACCUGCCUCAGUGGUGGUACAGAUACCUGAUCCAUAUGCAGUCCAAAUACCAGAUCUGGUUAGAUCUCCAUCCCAGAUGGCUGCUCAGGUUCUACCUUCUGUGCAGGUCAGAGCACAAACUCCAAUACCAAGCUCAGUACAUUCUCAAGCACAAUCUCCAGUCCCAGCUGCUCCCAGUGCUGUGCCAACUCCAGUCUCUGCUCCAACUCCUGCUCCAGCUCCAGUUGUAGUCCAAAUGCCAGACAUGGUUACCAUCACCUCUCCAGUGUCACCCCAAGCCCCACUACCUGCAUCAGCCCCAGCUCCUGCCCAGGCUACAGUUGUGCAGUCAGUCCCUGUCCAGGCUGCUGCUCCAGCCCCAGUAGUAGUCCCAGCUGCAGGGACACCCCGAAUCCAGAGACAAGCCUCCACCAAAAAAGCCCCACCUCCUCCUCCACCUCGCUAUAUGUCAGUCUCCCUGCCCCAGACCUCAGCAGAGCCUACCUCAAUCAGGGCUGUCCAACAUGUCUCCCCGACCAUGACCACCGCUAUAGCCAUUGGAGCAGGUCUGCCUAGCCAGCCCAUACAGUCUGUGGUGGUGGAUAUACAGCCGCAGGUGGAGCAGGUCAGGCCAAAGGGUGAUGCUGGCCCUCAGGUGAUGAUGACCCCAACCAGACAGGGGCAUGUGGUCAUCAUAGUUCCUAAUGUGGAGAACAUGUCGGUGCUCAGCCAGUCGACCCAAGACCUGGCAUACUCAGUGGCAAUAACUACCACUUCUACUGUUGAUAAAGGCAGUAGUCUGAUGGCAGCAGGGCCUGUGGUUGUGAGUGUUGCUCCUUUCCCUACUGCUCCCUCUGUUCCUGCUGUACCCAGCUCAGACACAUGUAUACCUGUGGCAGAUACACCACCACCUCCCACUCCUCCACCACCUCCUGCCACCUUACUCAAGCCAGCGGUUUAUCCCAAAAAGUCUUCUGUUUCCACCCCAUCUUCAGUCCCAAUCGCAGUAUCAGUCUCAACUGCUGUGACAAUGACACAGGGAACUGUAACAACCACAGGCCCCAGUACAGUACACAAGGCAUCUGCACCCCCUCCCGUCCCUCCCAAGCCUGUGUCCAUUCCUGCAGGGCUGGUGUUCAGCCACCGUCCAGGGGAAAGCAUCAAACCACCAGUGGUUCCCACCGCUAGCCAAACUCUUCCCAGGACCAGAGAAGUGGUACCAAACGCCAGCAUAGCACAGCCAUUCACAGCCACAACACUGCCCAGGACCAGAGAACCUCCCAAUGCACUGUAUCUGAGUCUGACCACCCCAGUGGAGCCCAAGAUGAGUGCUGCCUCUCCCAGGUCCCCUCUGUCUCCGAGGUAUGCCAAUUGUCUGGAAACGUAUGUGGUGAUAACGCUUCCCUCAGAGCCUGGCACACCCACAGAGGGCAUCACUGUCCAAGCCCCCAUCAGGAGAGGAUCCAUCCCCUUCACUAUGCAGACAUGCCCAAUGUAUAGGACUACACCUUCAGAACAACAGUCACCCAUUACAGCCUUCUCAGCCCAGGCCACUGUCAGGAGAGCGUCAGUUCCCUCAUUGAGGCAGCUGCCACCACCAACAGCAGCAAUUGUACCAGUCGAAGUAGCAGCACCCCUAGAGGGAGUCACUGCAACAGCAAGGCAGCCUUCCAUGUCAUCAGCUAUGCAGCCUGCACACGGUGUGGCUGAGGUGGUGAACAUUUCAGCAGGGUCGGAGAUGCCUAUUCAGGUAUACAGUGUCAGAGCUCCAAUAAAGAAACCGUAUAUACCUCCAACAGCCCAGCCACAACAGAAAGUGUCUGAAGUUAGGACAAUGCCAUCAGAGCCACAGGUUCCUGCAGAAGUGUCUGCAGCUCAAGCUUCUGGUAGAAGGGCAUCAAUACAUGAUGUACCUCAGCAGCCACAAUAUGUGGCUGAAGUAAUGGCUUUACCAGCAGAGCAGGUCAUACCUACAGAUGUAGUUUCAACUGAGGCCAUGCCUGGAAGAGCAUCAAUACCAUCAGAAACGCAACAACCACAAACCAUGGGAGAGUUAUUAGCAAUGCCCUUAGAAGCUAUGCCCCCAACCAUCCAUCAGUCAGCAUCACUGACAGAGGUGGUUUCAACUGAGGCCAUCUCUAGAAGAGCAUCAAUACCAUCAGAAAUGCGGCAACCACAAACCAUGGCUGAUGUAAUGCCAUUGCAGCGGGAGAUACCUACUGAAGCAAUUGCCAGCCAAGUCCAUGUAGAAGCUACACCCUCAACCAUGCAUCAAUCACCAUCACUGAUUGAAGUGGUUUCAACUGAGGCCAUCUCUAGAAGAGUGACAAUACCAUCAACAAUGGAGCAACCACAAACCAUGGCAGAGGUAGCAGCAAUGCCCUUACAGCAGGAGAUGCCUACUGAAGCUAUUGCCAGCCAAGUCCAUGUAGAAGCUACACCCUCAACCAUGCAUCAAUCACCAUCACUGAUUGAAGUGGUUUCAACUGAGGCCAUCUCUAGAAGAGUGACAAUACCAUCAACAAUGGAGCAACCACAAACCAUGACAGAGGUAGCAGCAAUGCCCUUACAGCAGGAGAUACCUACUGAAGCUAUUGCCAGCCAAGUCCAUGUAGAAGCUACACCCUCAACCAUGCAUCAGUCACCAUCACUGAUAGAAGUGGUUUCAACUGAGGCCAUCUAUAGCCUCGCAUCACCAAUGCAGCAGCCAAAACCCAUGGCAGAGGUAGGAGCAAUGCCCAUACAGCAGGAGAUACCAUCAAUACCAUCAGCUGCACCGCAACCACAAGCAGUGGCCGAAGUGAUGACGUUGCCUUCAGAGUAUGAAAUGCCUACGGAAGUUAGAACAACUGAGGCCACUACCACUAGAAGGACAUCCAUAUACUCUGUAGCACAACAACCAUACACAUUUGCUGAAGUAACGGCUUACCCAUCAGAAUAUGAAACACCCAUCCAGGUGGUUACAACCGAGGCUAUUUCCACUACAAGAAGAGCGUCUAUAACCAUGCAGAAACCCCUUAGUAUGGCCCAGGUUAUCAUGAUGCCUGCAGAGCCAGACGUAGAGGCAUAUGCUGCCCAAGUCCCAUACAGGAGAGGAUCCAUCCCCUCAGCAGUGCAACCACCACAGGCAGUACCAGAAGUGCUGAUUUAUUCAUCAGCCCAUGAGACCCCCCUGGAAUUCAUUACAACUGAAGCCUACACCAGGAGAAUGUCAGUUCCAUCUAUCCAGGAGAUUCCCGAGACCGUACCCGUGGCUCCAGUCACCAUCACCAGGAAAUUCCACCAUGAGUCAAUCGAGAGCCAGGAGAUCCAUGGGCCUGAGAAGGUGGUGAACAGCCUGAGCCACAUGUACUCCUCAUCUAUCUCCACCUCAGCCCAGCACCCGGAGAGCCUGCCCAGCCUGGUCACUCAGGUGGUCACCACCGAGGUUCAGAGAACCACGGUGUCUUUGGUCCAUGAGAGGCUGCCACAGGUUCCUGCAUCCAAUGGAGUGGCCAUCACCAUCCAGCCAGACUUGGUUAAAGUUCAGCCCUCUCCCAAACAGAACGGGAAGAUCUACUCCGGUGAUGCCAUUGACCUCCGCACCAUUAAGGUUGGCGUGAAGAUGACCGAUUCAGGGAUGGACUUGACCCCACAGGAAUCAAGUCGCAAAUCUGUCUGUAGCAACUCUAGUGGCCGACAUACGGCAGUGCAGCCAGAGAUAGUGAACUUGAGUGCUGAGAUCACCUCUUCCACCACACUGUCGGUUGUCACUGAUAGCAUCACUAUCGUCACCUGUUCAGACACCAUUGAGUCCUACACCAGCGAGCCAGCAGAAAUACCUUUAGAUCUGCAGGGUUAUGUUACCUCCAUGCCUCUCCCUCUCACCACAUACAAACCAUUCCAGCCUCUGGCACAGAUAGUGUACAGGCGGGUGGACUCUCCGCCUAUCAUCAACACACUGUUAGCCACAGACACAGAGACACCAAUCAACCUGUCUUAUGGAGCCUCCAUGGUAAAUAGCAGACUUCCAGUGACCAUGGCCCCCGCUAUCACCAACGUGGGGGACAUGCUCUCAGAGCCAGCAGGGGCUGUGGAUCUGUCCACCUCUAGAACCCUCAGGGCCAUGGCGGCUCUGUCGGACAAGAGCCCUGGUGUGGUGACCACAGUCAUAGAGGAUGAUGGGACACCCAUAGAUCUGACAGCUGGGAGGAAUGUGUGCUGUGAUGUCAUCUACAAGCUACCCUUCACAGGGAGCUGUAGGACCCAGCCGCCGGUUAUUACCCAACCUGACAACCGCUUCGGCUACAGAGAUGACCACUACCAGUAUGAUCAUGCUGGGGUUUAUGGCAUCAAGGGCCUGAGCGGCAAGGCCAUGUCUGAGACCAACCUGGCUGAUGCAGGACUGUUCCUCUAUGAUGGAAAGACCAGAUAUAACUAUAACGGAGCCUCGGACAGUGCAAUAGACCUGACUGCUGCUAAUAUGUCCGCAGGUGAAGCUCUAGACUACACCAGUAAAGCUGCUGGGGCGUAUACGGGGAUAUCCACUGCUCCAUAUUCCCAGGUCUCUGCUUAUAGUGUCUUUAGAUCCUCAGACGGAAUGGUAUACUCCUCCAUAGCAGCCCCUGUUCCUUCUACAUACCCCAUCACCACUCAGCCAGGUUCCAUCUUCAGCACCACCCUACCUCCUACCACAACCCUCCAGGAGCAGCCAGCACCAGCUCCCCACCCCUAUGGCUUUAUUCCCACCAGCGACCCUGGCCAACAGAUCAUCAGCCUGGACACUAGCCUGCCCAAGGACCUGCUGCCCAGCGCUCUGGCUGACAUCAUGACUGACUUCCCUGACCUGUACUCUGACCAGACACUGGAGGCCAUCGCAGCCUCUCUGGACGCCCUGGCUUCAUCGCCCAUGUUCCCCGGUCUGGAUGACAGCAAGAUCACCCAGUACCAGAUGGAGAGGGAGUUCCUGCAGCUGGAGAAGCUGAAGCAGCUGUGUCUGGCUGAGGAGCUGGAGUGGGAGAGGCAGGAGAUCCAACGCUACCGUGAACAGGAGCAGAUCAUGGUGCAGAGGGAGCUGGAGGAGCUGCAGGCUCUGAAACAGCAGCUGUUAAUGCAACAGGAAGAGGAGCACCAGGCGCAACUUGUAGCCCAGCAAGAGACCUACAACCAGCAGAGGCAACAGUUAGAGCAGAUCCAACAACUCCAGGUGCAGCUACAGCACCAGCUAGAUGAACAGUACAGUACUACAGGGUCAGACAACCUGCUAGAGAAGCAGUAUACAGGGGUUGGGGAUAACGGCCAAUACUGGCCUGUUAGGGAUGAGUCCACCACCUCAUCCACUGUCACCCAGCUAGAGGGUGGGCAGUAUGUAACCAGUGAGGGUCAGAGAGAGGGUGGAGGUCAGGACCAGCUGCAGCUCAGUAGGAAACAACCAGCAGGGUCUAACCAGCCUGGUGACCAGGGGUAUGGUACAGGAGUGGUAGGGAAGAGGAUAGUGGACAGUGGGGUCCAGACAGACGAUGAGGACUCAGUAGACAGGAUGUAUGUAGGGAGGAGGAAGAGGAACUACAGGAAGGGUGUAGACAGCAGUGUUCAGACUGAUGAUGAGGAGGACCAGGAAGUUGAGUGGGACAUGCCAGCCAGGUCGCGGCGGCGCUCCCGCUCCAGUAAGCACAGUGGUGAGGGGAAACACGUUGGCUCUAAGGUCUCCAGCAUUGCCAUUCAGACUAUUGCAGAGAUCUCUGUUCAGACCGACCACUCCGGGAGCAUCAAACGCCCCAGCAUCCAGAUGGACACUAAGGUGGAGAUCAUCAAACACAUCUCAGCCCCAGAGAACUCUCAGAGAGGUGGCAGUCUCAGCUGUCAGACAGACGCAGACCGGAGGCACCCCUCACCGGCAGACAUCACCCCCAAGUCCCCCAAGGUGCUCUACUCCACUAUGUCCACCCUCUCCUCCAGUAAGGCCAUGGAGGGAGGGCAAAAGAUGCUGACCACUGACCCGACCAGGUUUUCCUCCAGCCCUAUGAUGCUGAAGCCUGGGCAGAAGUCUAUGUCUGACCCAAAGUCUCUCAGCCAUACCACCGAGGACAGGAUAGGCUACCACUACUCAGACAGCUACUCUGGCCAGAGCUCUUCGUCAGGCACUGGAAAGAAGGUGAAGAGAACCCUUCCCAACCCACCCCCUGAAGAUGACCCUCUGACCGGCCCGUCAGGUUACAGCACCAACUCAGCCCGCCGCCGGCUUGGCCGUCACACCACCAUGGCCCGGGCCAAGAUCCUGCAGGACAUUGACAAGGAGCUGGAUCUAGUGGAGAGAGAGUCAUCCAAGCUCCGCAGGAAACAGGCCGAGCUAGAUGAGGAGGAGAAAGAGAUUGAUGCCAAGCUGAGGUACCUUGAGAUGGGCAUCAACCGUCGUAAGGAUGCCCUGCUGCAGGAGAGGGAGAAAAGAGAGAGGGCCUACCUGCAGGGUGUGGCUGAGGAGAGAGACUACAUGUCAGACAGUGAGGUCAGCAACAUCAGGGAGACCAGAGGUAGCAAUCACGGCCUGGAGAGACCCAGGACAGCUCCCCAGUCAGAGUUUGACCAGUUCAUCCCCCCUCAAACUGAGGCUGACUCUCAGUACUCCACUCUAACCAGUCCCUACUCCCACUAUGCCCAGUAUGUCCCCCAGACCAAUGCCACCAGCCACUACCCCCAGCAGACCCUGUACCAGCAACAGGCCCUCUACCAGCAGCACCCCUACCAAAGUCAGUCAGUUUACUCCUCUGUACCCAGCCUGUCCUACCCCCAGGCCUCCCACUCCCACCAGCAGGCCCAGUCCUCAGGCUACCAGUCCAAGAACACCACCAACUACGAGGUGAUCCGGAACCAGCCCAUCAUCAUCGUACCCUCCUCCAGCGAGGGUGGAUAUGGGGUGGGAAAGUACAACAGCCUGGAACUGAGGAUGGGUCUGGAGGAGAGGAGAAUGGCCUCCAGCCCCAUGUCUAAUAUAUCUACUGAAUCCUUCUACGCUGACAUCGACCACCACAACGCCAGGAACUAUGUUCUGAUAGAGGACAUAGAGCAGCUGACUAAAGGUUCUGCAGGGCUGGGGUCAGGGUUCAGCCUGACUGACAAGGACCUGUCCAAGGCUGACAGGCUGCUCCGGGCCGCUGAAGCCAGGCGCACUGCAGAGGUCGCUGCGUUCCUGGGUAACUCACGUCUGCACAGCUACGGUAAAGGAGAUGAGGACUCUAUGGAAGAGCCCUAUGAGCUGAAGCUCCUGAAGCAACAGAUAAAGCAGGAAUUUAGACGAGGGACGGAGGGUCUGGAACACCUCUCAGGCCUGGGCAUGCCUCAGUACCUCCCCACCGACCCCAGCUACAGACACUUCCCUAAGGCUGACAAGUACAGCAUCAGCCGACUGACCUUGGAGAAACAAGCUGCCAAGCAGCUUCCUGCCGCCGUGCUCUACCAGAAACAGAUCAAGAACCAGAAGAAGGCAACCCUGAUGGACCCCAAGAUAACAAAAUUCUCCCCCAUCCAGGAGAGCAGAGACCUGGAGCCAGACUACAGCAGCUUCCUGGGUUCUGGAGUCUCAUCUGUCACCAACCUGUCCACACGAGCCAGACUGCUUCAGGAUGAGAUCAACUUUGGCCUGAAGAAGAACCUCUCUGAGCAGCAGAAGUACCUGGGCUCCUCUCUGGGAACUAAUCUGGCUGGCUCUCUGAGCCAGUCCCUUAGCCUGGGGGGACCCACCAUGAGGUCCACCCUACAGGAUGACACCACCUACCCCAGCGGCACGAGCUCUCGCCCUUCCUCACGACCCAAUUCCCGCCCCACUUCUGUCUAUGGCCUGGAUCUUUCCAUCAAACGGGACUUGUCUAGCUCUUCUCUUAGGCUGAGGAGCGAGGGAGAAGCCCUGGAUGCAGCGUUCGGCUCCGGACUGGCCAGGACCAAGCCCACCAGCCUGCCCAUCGGGCGAAUCCCCAUCGUGGCUCAGAACUCAGAAGAGGAGAGCCCUCUGAGCCCGGUGGGAGAGCCAAUGGGCAUGGCCAGAGCCUCAGCUGGUCCUCUACCACCUAUCUCAGCUGACUCCAGAGACCAGUUUGGCUCCAGCCAUUCCCUGCCGGAGGUCCAGCAGCACAUGAGGGAGGAGUCCAUGGCUACACGUGGACAUAGUGGGGUCUACGACAGAGACAUAGCCUUCAUCAUGGAUGAUCUGGGGGGAGCAAUGUCUGACAGCGAAGCCCUAAAUGACUCCAUGCUGACACUGAACAGAGAUGAUCCCAGAAUCUUUCAUGAGAGUAUCAGACACGCCGGAGGCCCCAACUGGAACAUAGAAGCAUACCACCUGAGGAGGGAGGACACUGACUGGUUUGACAAGCCUGCAGAGAGACAACAUCGGGUAAACGGACAAGCUCUGGACAGGAGACAGAUGAAGUUGAUUCCCUAUGUGUAUCCUCACACCCGGAUCAAAGUACAGAGAGACCUCAAGGACAGCAGCGUUUCAGGGAAUGGCCUGGGGAUUCGUGUGGUGGGAGGGAAAGAGAUUCCUGGGAGUCGUGGUGAGAUAGGAGCUUACAUUGCCAAGGUUACGCUCGGGGGAGUGGCUGAACAGACAGGGAAAGUGGUGGAAGGAAUGCAGGUGUUGGAGUGGAACGGGGUUCCUCUGAUGGGGAAGACCUACGAGGAGGUGCAGUGCAUUAUGAGUCAGCCGUGUGCAGAGGCGGAGCUCUGUGUCAGACUUGAUCUGAACAUGCUGUCUGACGCUGAUCACCCCCAGGCCCUGGAGAACCACGCCCAGCUGAAGCCUGGUGACAGGCAGCGCUCUCCAGGAGUGGAUCCUAAGCAACUGGCUGCAGAGCUGCAGAAGGUGUCCCAACAACAGGCCCCUGGGAUGGGCCUGGGUGUGGGGGGGCCAGUAGGGGUCCUUUCUGCCCUGGACCGCUCAGCUCUGUUACACUCAGGCAAUGCAUCGGCCAGCUCUAGUGCCGUCCCCAGCCCCGGCCAGCCUGCCUCCCCAGCCAUCAACAAGAAACAACGCCACAGCACCAAGUCGACAGCAGACGUGCAACUGCUGAAGCCUCAGCCUCGUCCUGUAACAGGGGAAAUACAGCUCCAGAUCCACUACGACAGGAACCUGGGGAAUCUGAUAGUGCAUGUCCUCCAGGCCAGGAACCUUGCUCAGAGAGACCCCAAAGAAUACUCUGACCCCUUUGUCAAGGUCUACCUCCUACCAGGGAGAGGACAAGUCAUGGUAGUCCAGAACGCAAGUGCUGAGAACAAGAGGAGGACCAAGUACGUCCAGAGGAGUCUGAACCCAGAGUGGAACCAGACUGUCAUCUACAAGAACAUACACCUGGAACAGCUAAAGAAAAAGACUCUGGAGGUGACAGUGUGGGAUUAUGACAGAUCUUCCUCCAAUGACUUCCUGGGAGAAGUGUUGAUAGACCUGUCUAACACAUCCCAGCUGGACAACACUCCUCGCUGGCUGCCUCUGAAGGAGCAGAGUGAGAGCAUUGAGCACAGCAGAACCCACCACACCGCUCAGGGGCCUGGGGGGCCAGGAGCAGGGACAGGGCCGGGACAGGGGUCCGUAGCGGGGCAAGAACCAGGACAGGGCAUGGGGCCAGGACAGGGGCAGGGACAGAUGGGGGAGUGCCAUGAGUCUCCUAAGAACUCUGUGAUAAAGAGCAGGAGCCACGGGAUCUUCCCUGACCCAGCAAAAGACAUGCAGAUGGUAACUCUAGAGAAAUCCCACAGUAGUCCAGGCAGCUCUAAGUCGUCUUCAGACGGCCAGCUUCGUUCCCAUGGUCCAUCCCGCAGCCAGAGCAAGAGCAGCGUCACGCAAGCCCACCUGGAGGAUGCUGGGAUAGCUAUAGCUGCCGCCGAGGCCGCCGUGCAACAGUCCCGCCUCCAACCAAGACCAGGCCACAGGUUGGGGGAUGUGUCUGGGCCGGUGGUGUCCUCAGCCCCCAGUCUGAUGGAGGGGUAUGGGGGUCUGGAUGGAGACGAGGGGGCUGGCACAGGGGUGGACAGUGCCAUCUUCCAGGUCCCAUGCAUAGGGAAGAUCAUCCCCAACGGUCCUGACAAGUUUAGGGGACUGCCACUCUCGCUAUCAGACAGCGAGGGGGGUGGGGGUAAGACCCAGGUGAUGGGGGAGAUCAAGGUUGCUCUGAAGAAGGAGGUGAAACAAGAGGGAGACCAGCUGAUCCUGGAAGUCCUACAGUGUAGAAACAUCACUUACAAAUUCAAGAGCCCAGACCACCUACCAGAUCUCUAUGUGAAGCUGUAUGUGGUGAACGUGGCGACUCAGAAGAGGAUUAUCAAGAAGAAGACCAGAGUGUGUCGUCACGACAGAGAACCCUCCUUCAACGAGACCUUUAGGUUCAGCCUCAACCCCACCGGACACUCCCUGCAGUUGUUCCUGGUGUCUAACGGGGGUAAGUUUAUGAAGAAGACCCUGAUAGGAGAGGCCUACAUCUGGCUGGACAAGGUGGACAUGAGGAAGAGGGUGGUCAGCUGGCACAAGCUGCUGGUCAGCUCCACACACAACCAGUCAUGAGAGAUCGACUUGAGAGGACACCGAGGGGUCAACCAGAGGUCAGUGAAGAUCAAUGAAUACUCUUGGUCAAUGGCUGUUCUUUGUCAAGAUGAGGAGGAGGAGUUGAGUUACACAGUGCCCUUCAUCCCCUUUGUGUUAUUCUGUAUGAAAAGAAAAGAGAGGGGGAGGAGAAGAAGAGAUAAGAGGGAAGGAAGAGGGGUUGUGGGUACGGACAUGCCCAGAAAGAACUGAUCCCCCUGUUCCCUCUCCCACUGCCAUACAUGGACUGUACCCUGAUUCUUAAUUGGACCAAAGACUGUCAGAGACUGUGCCCUGAUUGGAUAGACUGCCAGCACACACACACACACACACCGAGGAAUGAAGAAGUCCUCCACUGUAAGAGGACACACACAUCUCACCACCUCUCAGCUCUCUGCUCGACAUGUCGGAUGCAAAACCUGACGUCAAACAGGACUGGGCAGCAAUAUCACAAAGAUAGUUACCAUGAUGGAGCUACUCAUUUCUGUUCUGUCUGGAUCUGAUACGGUUGUUUAUGGCUUAUCAGAUCAUUAUCAUUAUUGUGAUUGAUCUGUGAAAAUGUCAGUCAGUCAGUCAGUCAGUGAGUGGGGUUCAAAUUGAUGUAUUUGUUUGUGUGUUUUUGUCCUUGGCUGCUUGAAAAAGUAUGGAAUGUUUGUUGUAAGAUUCUAUUUAUGUUGUGUACAAAAAGUACAGUGCAAUUAUAUGGUUGAUAAGUAAUUAACGAAACCUGACCUGAACGCUCAAGUCCAGUAGGUGGCAGUAAUGUACCGUUACAGUUUGUUGCCAACAGCCAUAAAACUCCAAUUUGACCUUACCUGGAUAGAUGUACAUGUACAUUCAGAUGUAGAUAGAUAUAUGUCAGAAUAUGAAUCAUAUCAGAGACACAGUGUACAGAGAAAUGUUAUUUAUGACCAUAGAUACAUAUAUUACAGACGAUAUGAGGUGUCUCCUCAUGUACAGUUUAUUCUAAAGACUACAUUCUGUACAGACAAGGGUAUGGAAGGAGCACAGACAAUCCAAUCCCUUUAGCUCUGGUGUUAUGCAGUUAUACUGGGUGUUAUACAGUGGGAAAAUAGGAAAAUGCAGUUCAAAUGGUGAAUGUAGAACUCAUAGCACAACUGAGACAUUAGAGGAGAACUACUACAUGGAUAUCCCUCCUCUUACAGGUGGGGAGAAGAGAACAGAUAGAAGAGGAUGUCAGGUCCCUUCCCUUCAAACUCAUUUCAGUCUGAUAUAUUGUGUUGUGAGACAGCAGUGUGUAGGAAUCUUCCGUCCCCUCCCCUCAUUAUGUCCUGAAUGUUACUCACUGAGGAAGAUCCCAUGAUUUUACUGGACUCAUCAGACUGGUUAUGUUUUUGUGAUGUCUUACGCACAUGUGACUGGAGGCUUAAACAAUCGUUUUGGUUCGAGAGCAAAACCGAGAUUGCUGGCCACCUUGACCAACCUGCAAUCUGACAGAGGGGUGUGUAGCCUUUCUCAGGUGAGAUGCUUUGCUCCCCUGUUUGGGUUACUGGGCUGCUCACCUAUUCUAUGUUAAAGCAACAGUUAGACAGACCUGUCCUCUGCGUGUGUGACAUCACAGUCAUGUUCUGUAAAAAAAAAAAA